AUGCAGGAAAAUCUUCAACGAAGAACAACGAUUAAUAACAAUAAUAAUAAUAAUCCACAGGCAACAUCUCUCGAAAGUGGAAUGCCAAGUGUAGGCUCGAUUGUAUGGACUGCUGGACGUACUCGUGCUCAACAAGCAAUAAAUCUCUAUGCAAAUAUAGAUUAUCUUCGGCCUUACUUUGAUGUUGAACCCAAAGAAAUUCUACACCGAUUACUUCAUGCAUUAACCCCCCGAUGGCCAUCGCCAGAGGAAAAUAUUAAAUCAGAAUUAUAUGGACCAUCUAUGAUUGUUUUUACUUUAGCAGCAAUUUUAAUUUAUCAAAUGAAAUUAGCAAGUCAUUCUAUUGAAGAUGGUACAUUAAUUGGUACAAGUUUUCUUAUUAGUUUUGGUUAUUGGAUUGGUUCAAGUUUUGCAAUAUCGUCAGUUUCAUUUGUUUGCAAUACACAUCUUAAUCUUAUUCAAAUUCUCUGUUUAAAUGGUUAUGCUUUAUUCAGUCAUUGUCUGGUUCUUUUUCUUGCCACAUUUAUUCAUACGGGCCAUGAUCACUUAUUAUUUUACGGUCUCUGGUGUAUUGUUGGUGGAUUAGCUGCGAUGAGAAUGAUGUUUGUCAUUAUGGCAAGAACAAUAAACCCACGUUAUCGUGUACUUCUUGGAUUGUUUGUUGGUGCAAUUCAUAUGUUUUUUCUACUUUACCUUCAUUUUGCUUAUCACGAAUUAGCUGAAACUGUAUCGCAUGCAUUCACUAAUGAAGCAACUGGUUCGGCUGACCUACCUGUUAUAGCUCGUGCUUCUCAAUUAGUUGAUGCAGUGACACAAUCAAAAGAUCGAUUAAUGGCACGAAAUAAUUAA